GAAGAGGAGACAGGACCAUCAUUCCUUAGGAUCCCACAGGUCCUCUAAGAAAUCUGGAGGCAAUGGAUCUGUGAAGGCCUGUCAGCAAGCUUCAGUGGUCAUUCCAAGUAUGUUCCAGAACUGAAGAGAGAAGACAAGAAAAAAGAAAAAGGAGAAAAAAAGACAAAAACACCACCAAAACCUGUUCCUGGUGUCAAACUACCUUACUGGCAUGAACUAUCAGCAGUGAAACUGCCCUAGUGCCGAGACCAUGGAAUCAUGACAUGGUCCUCUUAAGCUCUGGUGCAAAAUCAGUCUGUUCCCAGCCUGCUUCUGGUGGAACUUGAAGGGAAGGAAUCUGUAUGCUCAUCUCCAUCUUGGGAAGUCUUCAGUCAUUCCUCUUUCUGUGUUGGUACACAACCUUCUUGUGGAACUGAAGAAUGGAUCCCAAGGAUUUCUAGGAUUGUUCUCGCUACUCUACAGGUUAUCAGGUAUCUUGAACAUCCAUGAUCCUUACUAAUCUUUUGUGGAAAUUGCACUGUCACAUUCUUCAAACGUACUAUAGUAUCUGUGUGCACAGCUGCCAUUGGUUAAAUUGGGCUGAUAAAGACAAGGCGGCGGAAGAGGAGAUGAAUCUGAAUCUAUUUUUUCGGAGGGUAUUCUGAUGAGGAAAAUUUAAAUCUUAGUAUACUAAGUGGUGCGGAAAGAUCUUAAACACCAGCUGUACUCCUGCACCGCUACAGGCGGUUUUCACAUUCUGAACUUUCACCUCAGGCUUUUACAGGCCUGUUCCCAAGGCUUAAAUACUUUCAAGAACAUAAAGCCACCAGAACUGCUCAGACCUGAAUGCCUACACCAUGGCCUCCUCCAGCCCUUUCCAGAUACAGCAGGUGUCCACCAGCAUAGCUCCACUCGGAGCCUGUGGCUUUUUUCCUUUUGCCCAGAAGGACUUCAGCAAGCUUCCUCUCUUUGGAUGUUGACUGGCUUAUCUGCAGCUUCCUCUUCCCGGGCAAUGCUUACCUAUGGUGUCAGGGUCCCGGGCACAGCUACUGCCCACCUAAGGGUGACUUGGCAACCACAUUUUCAUGAUUAUCUCAAGACCCAAGAUAACCUAAUGUUGAAGAAAAGACUCGGAUAUCUUGGAAUUGCACCAGUUGAACUGGUUGUGCCCAGUAAAAAGUGUUUUGGUUUCCAGUUGGGAAUUUCUUGGAGACAGUAGCCUUUUGGAAGGUGUAUCAGACAGCAAGUCCUGUUUCAAAAUCUUAUUACUACUUUAGUAAUCCCCUGCCUUAUGGUUGCUUCUGCAGCAGUGAGACAGGGUGGGUGUUUUAAAUCAUUCCUGAAUGAUAAAAUAUAACUGGCGUCACAGUCAUCAGUCUUGCGACUUGUGAGCUGUAACAGAGAAGCUCUGGCUUGUUUUAACCUCUGCUUCAAGAUUAUUUUAAUUUGGAGAUGUGCUUUCCAUUAUUAUAAAGGAAAUAACACACCAAAAUAUAUGAACAAGAAUUUGUUAGUUUUAAUUUUAGUGAUGGAAUCUACUAAACCAAAGCUGUCCUAAAUGUAAGAGAAGAGUUUGGGACAGUUGUGUUCAGUUGUGCCUUGUGUUACCAUAGGCUUUAGUUGUGAGCUGAAACUUCUUGAUUGUUUUGGCAAGAUGAUUAUUUAGCUGUAAAUAAGUUGAAACAGUGUCAUACUGCUUGUAGUAUAGGUAAGUUAUUUAGCACAUUAAUUUUUGAUUGAGGCUAAAAUGUGUGUUUCAAGAUGUGAUUCUUUUCUUCCAGGUAUGUGUUUUGAUUUACUCAACUUUGAAGCUCAUGUUAAACAGAAGUUUUCUGGCAUCUGCUUUUCUUCCUUGUUCAAAAGGGACAUUUCAGGGAGAGUAGAGAUACUUCUUGGUCUGAUCCCUUAAUUCAAACAUGUUAUAACUUUACAGAAUAUAGAAAUCAUUGAAAGUCCUUUAAACAUUACUUUGAAAAAUGAAGAGCAUGACAUAAAUUUCAGUCUUAUUCAAUCAUUCUGUGUUUUCAUUUGUUAAGAAUUUCAUUUCACUUUUUCUGUUUUUUUGUAAUACUGCCUGACCUUUUUUUAAUGGGAGGGAGAGGAAAAGUUUGAAUUCCAUGGUUAUCUGGCAUGCAGUUGCCACUAUAGUUUGCAAACUAAAUAUUAUAGUAUAAUGCUGUCACACUGUCAGUUCACCUUUUGAUUAUUAUGGAUUAGUAGAAUUUGUGUGUAGGAAUGGAUCCUGUUACCUUGCUACUUCUACAUUCUUGGAUUACAGCACUCCCUGGCACUGUAGCAUAAAGACAAAUCUGAUUUAUACUCUUUGGCAAUCAUUAGAAGUUGAGUUAAAUCAUAUUUUUAAUAUGCUUUUUAAAAAUUAAAUUUUAAAAGCUAUUGCAGUCUUUCUCAAACUUUAUGGAGAGACUAUUAUUAAAAUAAAAGUUUAACAAUAUUCCCUUUGACAUAAAAUUCAACAAUACGCUUUCUGCAGGUAGCACUGAUUUCAAGUGAUAGUGUCAAA